AUGUCGACACCCAACAACGUUGCUGCACCCGGUCCGAUACCGGCAACAACACCCACUGUCGUGCGCCGAGACGAGAACGGCGUGCAGUGGAUUGCAUUUGAGUAUUCCCGCGAUCGCGUGAAGAUGGAGUACACCAUCCGAUGUGAUGUGGCAAAUAUCCACACCGAUGACCUUAGCGCAGACUUCAAGACCGCGAAUUGCGUGUACCCGAGGGCCAACUGCGACAAGGAUCAAUACAAAGGCAACCGGCUCAACUACGAACGCGACUGCAACGAAAUUGGGUGGGCGCUGGCGCAGCUCAACCCGCCCCUGCGCGAGAAGCGCGGACUGAUUCAGCGCGCCGUGGACAGCUGGAGGAACAGCAACACCGACCCCAAAUUACGAAGCAGAAGAGUUCGACGGAUGGCCAAGGUGAAUACGAGGAAGGGAUCGCAGCCGGGACUGGGUAUUGGUCAGCCAUCGAGCCCGCAAGAUGUCAAGAAUGAGGCAAUGCGCAAUGCGCAAGUCCCCAAUGAUUACACGCAGCCACAUCAUCUUCAGGCGCACGUGAAACGAGAAGUGACGGAUGGCGUAUCUUCGCUGCCUGCCACACCGCGAUCCGCCCAGAACUUCUACCCCACGUACCCCAUGCCGCCGCAUCCGGGCGCCAACGCGAUGCCACCUCUUCAGAGCCCCAUGCAUCCACCCCAUUCCACCAUGUCAACACGUGUGGCCCGCGAUGGCGCCGACGACGACGACCACGAGGAAGACCGCAAACGAAAACUCUUUGGCGAUGUCCCAGAGGCCAAACGCCGGAAGUUUAUUCUGGUCGAGGACAAGCAGCGAGGGACACGUGUCCGUGUGCGAUUGGUCCUCGACCAGGUCAAGAUGGACGACAUGCCGGACGCGCAUUUGAAGACCAACUCCGUCUAUCCUCGCUCUUUCUACCCGAGACAUGACGGUUCACCCACGGAUUCGUCACGAGCGCUGCCCAUCUGGGAUGGAGACGACGACGACUGUGUCGAAGGAGCUUCAUCCACUCUGCCCACGCGCGGCAAGACGAUGGUGCAGGUGCCGUUGAUGGACGGUUCCGAAAUGGGCAUGUCGGUGCCCUCGCGGAGGACAUCGCAGCGCCGCAAGGAGAUGACGCUGAAUGAAAUCGGAUAUCGCAUGAGCUGGGGUCAGGCACGAGCGUUCAAUGGGCGAACGCUUUUCCUGCAGCGAUCAUUGGAUGCGUACCGCCAGAAGAUGCAAAGCACCAUGCUUCACACGGCCCAGGAGGCGUCUUCGAUUUCGCCGCACUUUGAGACGCGCGUGGGGAAGCGGCGCAGGUCGGAGUGGAGGUUGCAGCAUGAUUGCGUGGAAUCGCCGUGA